AUUCAGUCAAUUAGAAACCGUGAAACCGAAACGUUCGCAAAAAUUUCCCCUGUUCAAAAUUCGAAACUGUGGCGACAUCUGUUCAGCUGUUUGUGUAUCGAAUGAAAUUUCUUGACAAAACGUGAAAUUAUUACAAGAAACACGCGCGCUCGAAUAGCGGAUAGUUGCACCAGGUUGUGAUAUAGUUGUCCUUCCGCUUGAUGACGUUUGAAGACUUCUGUGGAGGUCCCUUCUGGGACGAAACUCUCACAUGGCGCCCGGAGGAUCCCGAUUUGACGUUCUGUUUUCAACGAAUAAUCCUGCAAUGGGUGCCGUGCUUUUUUCUGUACGUGUUUUCCAUCUACGAGGCGUACAAGAUUUCAACGAGUCGCUAUAGGGACAUUCCAUGGAAUUGGAUUAAUUGUUCUAAAAUCGUGAUUUCAACAAUCCUGAUGAUACUUUCCUGGAUUGACCUGGGAAUGGUUGUUAAUUAUCACAAUCAGGCGGAUGUAUUCGACGUUCAAAUACUGGUGGCGAUCUUCAAUGCGAUAGCUUAUAUCACCGUCAUCGUGCUUUAUUACUUCUUCCGCAAGUACGGUGUUCGUACCUCAGGAACGGUCUUUAUUUUCUGGUUUCUCAAGGUUUUCUUCGGAAUCAUACAAAUGAGAACGGAGGCACUGAAACACGCCCAGCGAGACUCUCCCAUCGGUUCGAGUGGGACCGUAAUCUUCGCCGAAUAUCAAUUCGUCAGCUACACACUGCAAUAUUCCUUCAUUUGUUUGAUUGUUCUCAUCGAAACCCUUCCGGAUCAAGCGCCCCGCUAUAGUGACUUUCCAAAGAUGAAAAAGCCUAAUCCUGAGCUAAAAUCUAGUUUCUUCGUCAAACUACUGUACAUGUACUUCGAUGCAUUCACCUGGCGCGGAUUCCGCAAACCGUUAACUGAAGCUGAUAUGUAUGAUCUCAAUCCGGAGGACACAUCCCGGGAAUUAGUGCCACCAUUCGACAAAUACUGGUUCGAGAGUGUCGAGAAGGGACGACGCAAGCAGAUGACUGCAGACAAAAAGGCUGGCAAAGCGAACCCGGUUUACAAACCGCACGCAGCAACCAACGGAUCGACUCUACCGGCAAUGGUUAAGGCGUAUGGUGGACCAUUCUGGUUCGCUGGAAUGCUACAGUUUGCCAUAUCAGGAUUGCAGUUCGCCUCCCCUUAUCUUAUGCAAGAGCUAAUGGCAAACAUCGCAACAAACGGACCGUUCUGGUUGGGCAUGAUCAUCACUUUCGGACUAUUUUUAACCUCCUUUCUGAUAGCACUGUUCAACGGACAAUACUUCCGGAAAACUUUCCUGAUCGGAUUUAGAAUUCGUACCGGACUGAUCAGUGCCAUUUAUCGCAAAGCACUGCGUAUUUCCAGCUUAGCUAAGAAGGAUACAACAGUUGGAGAAAUUGUCAACUUGAUGGCCGUAGACGCUCAGCAGUUCUUCGAAUUAAUUCCCUACCUACAUGUGCUUUGGUCUGCCCCGCUGGUUAUCGCACUCUGCCUCUAUCUGCUGUACGAGAUUUUGGGCCCAUCCGUGUUUGCCGGGCUGGGAGUCAUGGUGAUCAUGAUUCCGAUUACUGGAUUCGUAACAAAAAAGUUGGAAGGUCUUCAGGUUGAGCAGAUGCGCAUCAAGGAUGAACGAGUUAAGAAAAUGAACGAAAUUUUAAGUGGCGUGAAAGUGCUCAAAUUGUACGCUUGGGAACCAAGUUUCGAGAAGGACAUCGUUAAUGUACGCGCGGGGGAAAUCAGAGUUCUGAGAGGCAUGGCUUAUUACAAUGCAAUAAUCUUUUUCGUGUGGACUAUGGCACCUUUUCUGGUUACACUAGCGUCGUUCACGGUCUUCGUUCUUGUUGAUGAGAACAAUGUCCUAGACCCACAAACGGCGUUCGUUUCGUUGGCUUUAUUCAACAUUUUGAAUUUCCCUAUGAACAUGUUUUCGAUGAUGAUCGCCUUUGCAAUACAGGCUUGGGUGUCGGUUAAACGAAUUAACAAAUUCAUGAACAGCGAAGAGAUAGAUCCUAGCAAUGUGACCAACAACCGAAGCGACGAUGCCUUGUUAAUCAAGGACGGAACGUUCACCUGGGGAGAUGAGACACCAACGUUGAAGAACAUCAAUCUAGCUGUAAGCAAAGGUAAACUUUCUGCGGUAGUCGGUAGUGUCGGAACAGGAAAAAGCUCGCUGAUAUCCGCCUUGCUAGGAGAAAUGGAAAAAACUAAAGGUACUGUCAAUACAGAUGGACGAAUUGCAUUCGUGCCGCAGCAGGCGUGGAUUCAAAAUGCGACGCUUCGAGAGAACAUUCUAUUCGGAAGAGCAUAUGAUGCACAGAAGUACGACCGAGUGCUUGAAAGUUGUGCUUUGAAACCUGAUCUAGCAAUGCUUCCCGGUGGGGAUACAACGGAAAUCGGUGAAAAAGGAAUCAACUUAUCGGGAGGACAAAAACAGCGAGUUGCCUUAGCCAGAGCAGUGUACGCCGAUGCGGAAAUUUACCUGUUUGAUGAUCCUCUCAGUGCAGUUGACGCUCAUGUCGGUAAACACAUCUUCGAAAAAGUAAUUGGACCACAAGGAAUGUUGGUUGGUCGGUCACGGCUCCUGGUCACUCAUGGAAUAUCCUUCCUACCAUACGUGGAUGAAAUUUUCGUCAUGAAAGAUGGCGAGAUCUCGGAAAGUGGUACCUACAAACAACUACUCGAUCAAAAGGGUGCAUUUGCCGAAUUCCUAAGUCAACACAUACAAGAACUGGAUGAAGAAGAUGAAGAACUGCAAAUCAUUCAGGAAGUUUUGAACGAUGAUGUUACUCGAAAUAUCGUCCAAAGAGCCUUGUCAGUUCGAUCAACCAAGUCCAGCGGAAGUGAAGGAAGCAAGCGAAGAAAGAAAGUCAGCCGACAAGAAUCACGCAAUAGUAACAAACCGCUCGAAUCGCAAGCUGCUGUUGCAGUUGGAACUGUACUGAUCGAAAAGGAGGAAGCAGCAACGGGAGGAGUAAGUUAUCAUGUUUAUAUAAAAUAUUUCAAAGCGAUAGGAUGGAAUCUGGCAUUCUGGUCAAUUUUCGCCAGUGUACUCAAUCAAGCAUCGGCACUGUACGGUAGCGUUUGGCUAACCGACUGGUCCGAGGAUCCCGAAGCUGCCACCGAUCCGUCUGUGCGUGAUAUGUAUCUUGGGGUUUACGGUGGCCUUGGUGGAAUACAGUCGAUCACAUCACUCAUUGCUUCCAUUACUCUAGCUCUUGGGUGCUUGCAAGCAGCCUAUAAAAUGCACAACAAUUUGCUGGAAAGUACACUACGAAUGCCGAUGUCUUUCUUCGACACAACUCCACAAGGUCGGAUAAUGAAUCGCUUCUCCAAAGACGUAGAUAUAGCAGAUAACGCUCUUCCCAAUACUAUACGAAUGUGGUUGUUGAUGUUUUUCAAUGUAAUCGGUGUGUUCAUCAUAAUCGCCAUCUCGACUCCAAUAUUCUUGGCGACUGUGCCGGUAUUUCUUGUCAUCUACUACGUAGUUCAGGUUAUUUACAUCGCCACUUCUCGUCAACUGAAACGUUUGGAGUCUAUCACCCGAAGUCCGAUCUACUCACACUUUGGUGAGAGCAUUACUGGGCAAUCAACUAUUCGCGCCUAUGGCGAACAGGAACGUUUCACGAGAGAAUCUGAGCAACGCGUAGACUAUAAUCAAACGAUGUCGUAUCCUAGCAUAAUUGCAAACCUCUGGUUAGCAAAUCGGUUGGAGAUUGUUGGAGCCCUGGUUGUUUUCUUUGCGGCUCUGUUUGCCAUGCUAAGCCGGGACACCAUCGGGGUCGCUAUGGUAGGUCUAUCAGUCACUUACGCACUGAGCAUUUCCGCGGCACUUAGUUUCCUCGUACAGAUGACGACAGAAGUGGAAACGAAUAUUGUGGCAGUAGAGCGUUUGGAAGAAUACACAGUGUUGCCUCGGGAGGCCGCUUGGGAGAAAGGAACCGUGGACAAAUCCUGGCCUGAUCACGGAAAAGUGGACUUUGCAGACUUUAAAAUUCGCUACCGGGAAGGGUUGGAACUUGUGAUCCGGGGUAUCACAUUGAGUGUCCAAGGUGGUGAGAAGAUUGGUAUAGUAGGCAGGACGGGUGCAGGCAAAUCUAGUCUGACAUUGGGAUUGUUCCGUAUAGUGGAAGCGGCUGGAGGAAAGAUCGUAAUCGAUGGUUUGGACAUCUCGCAAAUGGGACUUCAUCAGCUGAGAAGCCGCCUCACAAUAAUACCCCAAGAUCCUGUGCUGUUUUCGGGAUCGUUACGUAUGAAUGUGGAUCCGUUCCGAAGCUAUUCAGACGAUCAGGUGUGGAUGGCAUUGGAACUAUCUCAUCUGAAAUCUUUCGUGAAAGGAUUGGCGGCAGGCUUAGAGCAUGAGGUCGCGGAAAAUGGUGAGAAUUUAUCAGUUGGUCAACGGCAACUGGUUUGUCUCGCGAGAGCCAUCCUUCGAAAAACUAAGGUACUAAUACUAGAUGAGGCAACAGCGGCAGUUGAUUUAGAAACCGAUGAUCUAAUCCAGAAAACCAUUCGAUCGGAGUUCGUUGAUUGUACUAUCCUGACGAUUGCCCAUCGACUGAAUACAAUUUUAGACUCGGAUCGCGUGUUGGUGCUCGACAAAGGCCUCGUGGCUGAAUGUGAUAGUCCGCAGAAAUUGUUAGCCGAUAAGAACACUAUAUUCUAUGGCAUGGCGAAGAAUGCAGGAAUCGUGAGCUAAUCAGGACACUAGGGAAUGAAAUCUCGACUUGAGAAGUACAGCGAAAUAUCUCCUAUUUUAUAACGAAUAUGAGAUGCAUAAUCACUCGAGCCACACUAUGACAGCGUUGUAUGACAUAUCUCUAGUACUAAGUCACCUCCGUUAGAGGUCCACUACAUAGAUUAGUCAACUGCCAAUUGGUUUCUAGCAUUAAUUGAUAUUUAUUAUGACAAUAAAGUUCGGAAUUCUAUUUUAUUAA